AAAAAGCUAAAAAUUAAAAUGCUGAAACGACAAAACUUUUAGUAGUCUAAAUAACAAGCAAUUAAAAAACAAUAAGAAGCUACAAUUGAAAUCUAAAACUUCUCAGCAAAUGGAUCACCAGGAAAAUGAAGAUGUCAGAGAUGAUGGUCCAUCAGUAGCAUCCAAAGUGUUUUUUGCAGAACUCUGUGGUCUGCUAGAGAAAAUAUCAAAAACUCAAGGAAAUGAUAAAAAGAAAAAAAUAAUGAAAGAAUUUAUUGAUAAAUGGAGAGAUUUUCAUAAUCAGCUCCAUAAAGAUGAUAAGAAAACAAAUGAUUCCUUUUAUUCAGCAAUGAGACUUUUGAUCCCACAUCUUGAAAAGGAAAGAUUAGCCUAUGGCAUUAAAGAACACAUGCUAGCCAAGCUGUUAAUAGAGGUUUUAUGUCUUGGAAAAGACAGUCCAGAUGCUAAUAGAUUACUUAAUUACAAAGCUCCUAAAUCUGCUAAAAUGGAAGCAGGUGAUUUUGCCAGUGUAGCCUACUAUGUUCUAAAGAACAGAUGUCCUGAAAAAGGAUCCUUAACCAUUAAGGAAGUCAAUAACUGUCUUGAUGGAAUAGCAACAAAUAAUGCUGCGAAGAAGAAAGAACUUGUCAGGAAGAACAUCUUACAUCUCCUGACCAAUAUGUCUGCUAUAGAACUUAAAUGGUUGAUAAGGAUGAUUGUUAAAGAACUCAAGGUUGGAUUAAGUCAGGCAUCUGUCCUUUCUGUUUAUCAUCCUGAUGCUGAAGAAUUCUACAAUGUGAACAAUAAUUUAGAAAAGGUGUGCAGAAUGUUGAGAGAAAAAGAUGUGAGGGUGCAUGAGAUUGGAAUAUCUGUAUUCUCUCCCUUUACACCAAUGUUAGGAGAGAGGGGAGCACCUGAUCAGAUAGAAAAGAUAAUGGAAGGAAAGCCCUACUAUAUAGAGACAAAGUUUGAUGGUGAAAGGAUGGUGUUACAUAAGGAUGAAGGGAACUAUAAAUAUUUUACAAGAAGUGGUAAUGAAUACACCAGUACAUUUGGAGCUCAUGAGUUGGAUGGUAACCUCACACCACACAUACACAAUUGUUUCAAGCCAUUUGUCAAGAAAUGUAUCCUGGAUGGAGAAAUGAUAGGAUAUGAUCCUGUUACGAAAACAUUUGCUACAAAAGCUAUGAAUACAGAUAUAAAGAGACAACAACAGGAAGGUCUACAGUCUUGUCUACAUGUGUUUGAUAUUGUAUUGUUGAAUGAUAAAGUCCUCACCAACCAACCUCUAACAGAAAGACUGAAGAUACUAAAGACAGUGUUUGAACCUGUAGAAGGCAGAAUUUUACUGAGUGAACACAAAGAGGCUAGAACAAAUCAGGAUUGUGCAGAUGCACUGAAUGAUGCUAUUGAUGGAAGGGAGGAAGGAAUUAUGGUGAAGAAUCCCGAAUCUGUUUAUCGUCCAAAUACAAGGAAAGGAGGAUGGUAUAAAGUUAAACCAGAAUAUGUAGGCGGUUUGAUGGAUGAAUUGGAUGUAUUAGUAGUUGGUGGAUUUUUUGGUGUUGGACAUAGAUCAGGGAUGAUGUCACAUUUUCUGUGUGCUGUAGCUGUACCACCCGAAGAAGGAGAAGAACCAAAAAUAUUUCAUUCAUUUUGUAAGGUUGGGUCUGGCUACAGCAAGAAAGAGCUGUCAGAAUUUAACAAUAAGCUAGUUGACCAUUGGAAAAUAUUUGAUAAAAAGAAUCCUCCAACUAAUAUAAUUUUGGCUUCUGGAUUUAAAGAAAAGCCUGAUGCAUGGAUAGAACCUUCUAAGUCUUGUAUAGUUCAGAUAAAGGCAGCAGAAAUUAUUGACAGUGAAAGAUUUAAGACAGGUUGUACCUUAAGAUUUCCACGAGUUGAGAAGUUCCGAGACGAUAAACACUGGCGUGAAUGUAUGACAGUCACUGAUAUCAUAGAAUUGAAAGAGAAAUCUGGAGGCAAAUUAGCUGGUGGACGUGUAGAAAUUAAUGAAGAAGCUGAACCAGCCAAGAAAAAACGUAAGGUUGUAAGCAGGGUAGUACGUCCCACAUUAGCUGAUCGAUUUAAAGGUGUUGAUGCAUCGUCUAUCACAAAGGUGUCAGAAAUGUUAAAAGGUAAAGAAUUCUGUGUUGUGAAUGGAUCUUCAUCUUUUUCUAAAUCUGACGCAGAAAAGAAGAUCAUAGAAUAUGGUGGUACUAUUGUUCAAAAUCCAGGUUCAUCCACAUUUUGUGUUUUAGCAGAAAAGGUUGCUUUAAGAGUAACCAAUCUAAUUAAACGUGAUAUGUAUGACAUUGUAAAGCUUGAAUGGUUUCACAGAUGUAUUGAAGGUAGCACAUGGGUUCCAUGGUCACCAGGAGAUAUGAUUCACACGUCACCAAAAACACAAAAGUCCUUCCAAGUAGAUUAUGAUCAGUUUGGAGACAGUUUUACAGAGGAUACUACAGCAGAACAACUCAAGAAUGUAUUUGAAAGAGUGAACCAGGAUGAUAUAGAUGAAGUCAAUGAAACUGAUAUUGCAGAACUAGAACAGAAAUAUUUUCCUGAUGAGUCUCCAUAUGGACUGUUCAGAACUUGCAGAUUUUAUAUUGAUAAAUAUUUGGUGAUUGAUGAUACCACAACUCACAUUAAGGAUUCCAGUUUAGAUCUUUUAGAAUUAGAACUACGUUUCUUUGGAGGGAUAACAACAGAUGAACUAGAUGAUGAAGUGUCACAUGUGUUGGUAGAUAAGAAAGAUUUGUCAAGAGUACCAGAGAUGAAAAGAGAAAGGCGCAAUAGAAGAACAAAAUUUCAUAUUGUAACACAAGAAUGGAUAAAAGAAUGUGUGGAGGAAGGAGAAUUAUCUUCAGAGAGACAAUUUGAACCAACUUAAUCAAACUACUUAUAUUUAUUUCUACUUUUCAAAUUUCUGUUAAUUCUUUAGUAGGAAAAUUAAGAAAUGCUUUAAAAAGAGAAAAUCAUCAGUGCUGUCCUUUAAAGAUUAAAAUCUACAUUAAAAAUCUAAAAGUAUGACAUUAUUUAUGUGUGUAAAUAAUGUAUCUGUUUUCUCCUCAGUUAAAAAUUUGUUUACUUCUUAAGUGAAUUUAAAAAUGUGAUGUAGCAGAAAGCAUGUGAGAGGUUGAUGUAUUAUAAACUUGGUUGUUGUUUUGUCACUUAAAACAUGAAAUCUAUUUAAAAUGUUUUAAUAUUUGA